AGGAGGGGAGAGGUUGGCCCGUCGGCACGAGUGCAGACAGCGAGGAACAGCUGCAGAGAAGCUCUCCAUCAUUGAAUUACACCGCAUAGCUCUUACAAUAUUACUAUUUCCCCCGAAAAAGCAAAUUAUAUCGUAUAAAACAUAACCAUCCAACAUGGUUGACCGCGAGCAGCUGGUUCAAAAAGCCAGGCUGGCUGAGCAGGCAGAGAGAUAUGACGAUAUGGCAGCAGCCAUGAAAUCGGUAACUGAACUGAACGAGGCCUUGUCGAAUGAAGAGAGGAAUCUCUUGUCCGUUGCCUAUAAGAAUGUCGUAGGCGCACGCCGUUCAUCUUGGAGAGUCAUUUCCAGCAUUGAGCAGAAGACCUCCGCAGAUGGCAAUGAGAAGAAGAUCGAGAUGGUGAGGGCCUACCGUGAGAAGAUCGAGAAAGAGCUUGAGGCUGUUUGCCAGGAUGUUCUCAACUUGUUGGAUAACUUCCUCAUCAAGAACUGCAGCGACACCCAGCAUGAGAGCAAGGUCUUCUACCUGAAGAUGAAGGGAGAUUACUACCGCUACUUGGCUGAGGUGGCCACCGGUGAGAAGAGGUCCACUGUGGUGGAAUCCUCAGAAAAGGCCUACAACGAGGCUCAUGAGAUCAGCAAAGAGCACAUGCAGCCCACCCAUCCCAUCCGACUGGGAUUGGCCCUCAACUAUUCUGUGUUCUACUAUGAGAUCCAGAAUGCUCCAGAACAAGCCUGUCAUCUGGCCAAAACCGCCUUCGAUGAUGCCAUCGCCGAGCUUGACACGCUUAAUGAGGACUCCUACAAAGACUCAACCCUCAUUAUGCAGCUCCUCCGAGACAACUUAACACUGUGGACGAGUGACCAGCAAGACGAUGAGGGUGGGGAGGGCAACAAUUAAAAGUAGACCUCUCUAUCUAGAAACAUAAAAAUGGCUGGACUUUGGCAGCAGCUUGUGCCAUGGUUUCCUCUGCAGCAGCAGUUCUUUAUUUUUCCACGAGUUAAAAGAAAAAAUAACAAGGGUGAUAAAGGGGGGGCUGAAGUCCUAGUUUGAAUAUAUACAGAAAUAUAUAUAUAUAUAUAUAUAGUUGAAUGGGCCUCCCUUUUCUUGGUUCUCUUUGACAUUUGCCAAAACCACUGAAAUGUCAGUCAAUCAGCCGGCAGUGGUCGUUGUUGGUUUGGAUUGGCAGCCUGACAAUGGCAAAUGGACUGAUGUAUUUCAAAGGGAUGCUGCUUAAUUAUGUUUUGGGUAGUAGUAAAGCAUUUCAAAAAGAGGGUUAGGUGCAACGGCAUUUGAAGGUGAAAUAGUGGUUCCAGUUAUGAACUGAUUGUUAAGAAUUGUCCUGUAUGCAGUAAUUAUAUACUAAGGCUUAUCACCCAUGGUCAGUUAACUGUUAAAUGGAAGUGUGGUGAAUGAAAUGUAGUCUUCUUUGAAUGCAUCAAAAAAGAUAAAAUUCAGUUGCUUAAAUGAAAAGCAUUGUCAUAUAAUCAUUGCAGUCUAAUACUACUGGAAUCAUUCACUUUCUUUUGAAGGACAGUUUGGGGAGAAGACAGAGACUGGUCUGAUUUUAAAAAAGAAAGAUGAAGAAAAGAAAAAUAGGAUAAUAUUGCAGCUUCAAAGUUUGUGGUUUACUUCUGUGUUUAACUUAUUUUUGCACUUGCCAAGUAUACUGUUUUGUCAGUGUAAGAUAAUUACAAUGAUACGAUCAGUGAUUCAAUAUUGUGCAUGCUGGUGAUGUAUUUAUACAAUAGCUUGACUUUAUUAACUUAUAUCUUGGAUGUUAUGUAUUCCAAUAAUUGAAAAGUAAACUGGCUUCAUAUUGUUUAUUUAUAAUUUAUCAGUUUUUGUUUUGAUUUGCUAUUCCAAAAUCGUGAUUGUUAACAAUAAAUUGAUCUGUUAUGGGCAUUGCUGUGGUGACAUGGAAUGUUUAUUUCUUUAGCUAUAGGCUGACUUUCGGAAAACACGAUUGAUCACCUAAUUGUACAAGUGUUUUUCUUGGUAAACUGUAACCAUGACAUUGUUAUGCAAUGUUUUGCUCUCUGAACAGUAUAUGAGUGCUCUUCUUGUCAUAUUAUGCACAUUGAACAUGUGUGGUUUAAACAACAUUGAAGUUACAGAAUCAGUGUUUCUGUGACCGAUUCAGAUCAUGGACCAUUAUUUGUCUUUGGCAGUAUUUUUUAUUUAUUUAUUUGCAUUUUCUUUCAUUCUUUCUUUCUUUCUUUUUUUUUUACUUUAAGCUGUCUCCUGGGUGACAAAUAUCUUGAAUGUGAAUAAUUAUGUAGCAGUUGCACAAGAGCCAAAAUAAUUAUAACAAUAAAAAGACAAAAAAAAAAAAAAAAGGCCUUGAGUAGUCAUAAUAUAGAUCAUGUCAGUGUUGCUCAUUUGUAGUGUUCUUAAUUAAUGCUUCUUCAAGAAAGCAAGUAAUUACUCAAAGAUAAUACUGAAUUAAACUAAAGUAAUCUCAAUAUUUGCAAUGUGUAAUCAAAUCCAAGUCCUGUAAUUUUUUAUUUAUUUUUAUUUUUAUUUUUGCAUUGUACUGCUUACAAUUUAAAAUAAGGUUUAAUAUGCAAAAAUAGUGAGAUGAACUAGCAAUAAACAAUAAUUUUACAGCAUUCAUUCAUCUUAGUUAAUGUUCAUUUCUCAAUAUACAUAACAAUAAAGGUUAAAUACGUUGACCUUAGUCGUAACAUUUUACAAGAAGGUUGUAUUUGUUUACAUACUUAACACAAUAAUUAACAUGAACUAACAAUUAGCAAUAUUUAAACAACAUUUAUUAAUCUUGGUUAAUGUUAAUUUCUACAUAAACAUUACUAAUACAUCCUUUACAUUAAGAGUUGUAUACGGUAAGAUCAGUUAAUGCGAGAUGAACAAGUAUAAACCAACUCUGAACAAUUGUAUUUUGAUAAAUUAACAUUGGUCUAGAUUCAUAAAUACGGUUAAAAAUAUUGUUUUUUGAUAGUUCAUGAUAUACUAAUGUUUUCAAAUAGAAAUGUUGCCACAUUAGUUAAUGCAAUAUGAGCUAUAACAACAAAGAACAGUAUGACAGCAAUAGACAAUAACCAAGAUUAAUAAAUGCUGUAAAAUUAUUUUUCAUGUAAAUGCAUAAAACUUCAUUGUAAAGUGUUACCAUUUGCUGUAUUAAUUUCAACUUGUCAUCUAGUUUCAAAUACCAGUGCAAUUGUACAGUUACACACCAGUAUAUCUUUAAAAGCACAGUGCUGCAGCCAAAAUGUCAACAGGUUCAAAACCAAAUUAUCUUUCUCUGCAGCGCACCUACUAUCCAUGAUUAGUGUUCACCACUGCAUUGCAGAGUUUACCUGCUCUCCACAAUAUAAUAAAGUGCUUGACAGAUGAAUGUGCCUCAUGAGGACAGUAUUAUUGGCUCAGAAUUACAUGCAUUAAUAAAUGCAAAAUUAUUUUAUGUUUAGGAAAGCAGUGGCAAUUGCACAAAGAAAUGGCUGACUUUCAUCAUUUGAAGGUCACAUGACAAAUAUGUUUACCUGUAAACAUUUCUAUUCGAAUUCAGUAUCAGCAUGACUAAUUAUUUGAAUAUCCUAAUGAUCAUUUCUUACCAAUGCUCAACUCAAAUCAGUGCUUUCUAAAAUAAAUGUGAUGUGUUGUUC